CACGCAUACUGUGCUGUGAUUGUCUGCCAAAGCUCCCUUUUUUGUUCCUUUCUUCCUCCCCCCCUGCACUUUUCCAUCAACCUAACCCUUGUCGUUGGGUCGCAAAAGAUAGAGAGAAUCAUAGACCAGCCAGUGGAGUUCUAAGGGAUUUCUGUGUGUCUGGGCCAACAGAUCAUUACUUCCCAUUUCCUUGUUUUGUUUUAUUUUAUUCUGCUUUUUCCUUAAUUCCUUACAAAGAUGACGAUAAUAUCUCGUCCCCAGCUUCUUUCGGAAAUCCGGGAUCCCGAGUCUCCCAGUUCGCGGAUCGCCUCGCUUCGGGCCCUGAAGAACGAACUCAUCGGCCAUGACCAGAAGAAGCAGGCCUGGAUCGAACAUGGGAUAGUGCCGGUCUUGUCGACUCUGCUGGCCAGCUCCCUCCUCGCCGGGGACAGGCCCGCGACCGUGCAGACAAACGGAGAUAAGGGGUGCUCCGCCUGCGGGGAUGGCUUGGCUGCUGAUGCUGCUACCCACCGCGAAGCUGUCAUCAUCAUCAACAGUCUCGUGCAAGGCGGCCCAGCGUUCAUUGCCCCGAUUCUUGCCAGCGACAUCUUGCCCUCGCUCUUUGAGAUUCUGUCUUCGACGCCCUCCUCCUCCUCCUCCUCCUCCCCCGCCUUAGACCUGGCCGUCCUCCAAUGCCUUCACACUAUCGCGGACAGACUCCCUCUAGCAUACGAACACGGCUACUCGCAGCUUCGACACCUAUCCGCACUCCUUUAUUCACCGGUGCAUAUCACCAGCCUUCUCAGGAUCCUCAAGCAAACUUCGACUCUCUCCAGCGCACAGUCCUGUAUCGAAUUGGCCGCGGAGCUGAUCUCCAAAACAUGCACCGAAGAGUCACACAAGGUCACGCUUGCCGAGGCCGGUGUGCUUGAUGCCCUCGCCACCAGGGUAGCAUCUUUCAUAGUAGCGCAGGGUUACGUCCUUCCUGGAGCUGAAAACUAUGCUGGAGCGCCGGGGGGCUUGGGUUCAAUACCGCCGCCCGCCCCGCCUAAUGCGAAACUCGGCCCCAUACUCCGCGCCAUAUGCGUGAUCCUUGAGUACUCGAAGUCCCGCGCAGACCACUUCCUUACCUCUCCGGCCAUCGUGACUGUAUUUCCUCGAAAUAUCCAGAAUAUCCCCCUUGGCGAAGUCAAAAGAGGGCCAUGGGGUUCCCAUCCAGUGGGAUUUGUCGUGUCCAAGCAGAACUCGUCAAACCCCAUAGAUUCACUCUUACCCACUGUGCCCUCUCCCCAACCUACAGGAUCAACCAGUUUCCCUCCCUUGGGCUCCCAUUCUUCUUCUUUCGACAAGCAUGCUCAUUUCUUCAGCCCUCCCCCACUUCAGAGCGAGUCGCCGUCUGCCUCUGACGAGCAUGAAUGCGCAAUAAUAUCGUGGCUGGUUUCCAUUGCGAGGGAAGGGGCGGGGAUGGAUAGGCUUCUGGCCAUCAGAUUAGUAGCUAUCCUGUUUCGUCUUGGCCUCGCUAAGAAGCACCGCGUCACGAUGCUCGGAUACUUAGUCGUGCCAUUGCUCCUCCAGAUGCUGGAGAAGGGAUACACUGCCCCGGAAGAUACUGAAUCGAGCGAGAGUGGGUCGAUCUCACAGACAUCAAGGGUAAAAGAAGAAGCGCCUGCUACGCUCGCCACGUUGGUCAUGGACAGCCGAGAGCUUCAGAAGCACGCUGCCGACGGUGGUGCCAUUAAGAAGCUUUCACAGAUGUUGAAGGAAUCGUUCAACGCAGUUGAAGACGCUGGAAGAUCGAUGUGGAGUCCCGUGCCAAACGGGACGGCCUCUCUUAAAGGAUUCCAGCCGGAGAUCUCCUCCCUUGGACCACCCGGAGUUUCCCCCUCGGUGUUCCACAGAGUGAGGGUUCGAGAAGGCGUUCUAAGAGCGCUUUCGGCGCUCUCGCUCUUCAGAGAAGAGUACCGCAAAGCUAUCUGUGACAAUGGAGUUGUACCGCUUGUGAUCGAUUCCUUAAAGCCAUAUGAACCGGAAUCCACUGAGAGUUCCAGUGACGCAAAGUCAGCAGCCGUUGAAGGGAAUCCAAUCCCGACACUGCUCGCUGCUUGUGCGGCUGCCCGAUCGCUGACUCGCUCCGUAAGCGUGCUACGCACCAGUUUGAUCGAUGCUGGCGUUGCAAACCCGAUAUUCAAACUAGUCAAGUCUCGAAACGUUGAGAUUCAAAUUGCGGCUACGUCUGUGAUUUGCAAUCUAGCCCUGGAUUUCAGCCCGAUGAAGGAAGCGAUCAUUUCGGCGAAUAUGAUUCCCACGCUUUGCGAACACUCUCACUCCGAGAACACGAAGUUGCGGCUGGAGUCAAUCUGGGCUUUGAAGCAUAUUGCUUACAACUCCACCAACGACAUAAAGAUGAAGAUCGUUGAGACCCUUGAGCCUGCCUGGCUUAAGCGUGUUAUCUGCGAGGAUCCAACUGAUCCGUCGAUACAGCGAAAAGCCGAGGAGGAGAUGACGGGUAACGAGAUGGAGAUAACUCCACCUCUUGGGGAACCGACCGAUAUUCAGAAUCUAGUACAUGGCUACAACAGCAGGGACUCAGAAUCACAGACUCCAGAUCUUCGAAUGAUCGAUACUGUUAUGCCUGCUAAAGCGAGCCUUGAUACGUUCCUGACAGACAGUGCCCGACGAAGGAAGCUAGCAUUGAAUGGAGAUCUUGACCAUACGAAACAAAUGCGUCGGGAUGACAUACAGGUUCAAGAACAGAUUCUCGACCUCGUGCGGAAUCUGAUCUGUGGUACCGGAGCCCCAGAAAUGAUUGAUUACUUAUUUCAAGAGGUUACGGAUCUGUUUGAUAUCCUUGCAGACAAGCUGCGUCCUAAGCUGCCUCCUGCUCACGGCCGCAAAGAUCCUACCUCUAAAGAUAAUUCAAUUCCCACCGAGAUUCUCUCCUCGGUGACAUAUAUCAUGAUCAAUAUCGCCGCGGGUCUGCCCCGUCAUCGACAGCUGCUCAUGCUACACCCAGACCUGCUGAGACUCAUGAUGCCUCUCUUCCAGCAUGCAAGCAAGGAAGUGCGGGUGAACUGUGUGUGGGUUGUGAUCAACCUCACAGUUGAAGAUGAUCAGCGCGAUCGUCCGACCUGCAGAGAGCGCGCAGCCAAGUUGCGAGAGCUUGGAGUCCUGGAGCAGCUGGUAAGAUUAGAGGACGAUCCCGAAUGUGAUGUGAGGCAGCGCACAAAGACCGCACUGGACCUGAUGGGCAAUUUGUUGGCGUCAGCUUGCUGAUUUGGUGAGAUAAUGCCUGAUCGCAUACUCUCUCUCCCCCCCUUCUUACAUUUUUUUUUCCCCCCCUUUUAAUCCAGACCCUUAUGUUUUACCCGUUAUUGCACACUUUAUACCCUGGUUAUUAUUACUUUUUCUUUUCUUUAUAAAGCAUUACAUUGGACUCGGAUUGAGUAUGGUUUAACAUUCCUCCCCUGCAUGUCCUUAACGAUCAUGAUUGUCUUAUCUGUUCCAAAGCAUGGGGGUAAUUGGAUUUAGAAUAUUUUGAGCGAGGCGUGGUUUUGGCAGCAAAAGUGAAAAAGAAAAGAUGCAUGCGUUAAUUGGAGUAGCAGUUGUGUUCAGGCUGAGCACCUUACAGCGAUUGCAAGCAUUGUUUAUAAAAUAAAUUGCAUAUAUAUACUCUGCAUAUUCAAGGUAUACCUGUGUUGCU